AAUUCCCCAACCAGCAUCACCUCCUUAGUCAACAAACCAUUAUCUCCCCCACAAAAAAAGAGAUAGCAAAGAAAAGAAAAGGCGAUGAACAAGGAAAAGAAGAGAAAGGAAAGAAUGAAUUCUAAUCAACACCCUUUACUUUGCUUUCCAUGUAAGCCCUUCCCCUUCCAAAUUCCAGGCUUCUCCUCUGUGGUCUCUUCAAAUCUUAUUACUCGAACUCUCUCUGUUCUUGUUGUUCUGUCUUCUCCUCACCUAGAUAGAUAAUACAACAUCAGUUCAUGAUAUUUUGCUGAUAUGCAUCUCAUCAUUUACAAAUAAGAAACUCUCCAGCCAUCUUGUCCAAAUACACUUCUAAGUCGUGAAAAGAGUUUUUCAGGUUUUUUUGUUUGGACUAGUACAAAUGGUCCAAAUGAUUUGCUUCUCACUUUAGAAUGUGUGCAUCAUGUCAGAACAGCUAAUAGAUUAAAAUCCUAUAGUUUGUAAGGCUUGUGAUGGCAUCACUCGGCACCCCAAAAACUUGGAUUCCAUACGGGAACAAUAAAGACUGUUCUCAAGGAUUUUGUAGCUUAUACUGCCCACAAUGGUGCUACAUCAUUUUCCCUCCUCCACCUCCCCUUGAAUUCCUUGAUGACAAUUCAAGUCCAAAAAUCUCUCCCCUUGUCAUUGCCAUUAUAGGCAUACUGCUCAGUGCUUUCCUUUUAGUAAUUUACUACACCAUAAUAUCUAAAUACUGUGGAAACAAUGAUCCAGCAAGGAGAAGGGAUCAAAACCAUGGCCAAAAUGAGGAAUUUGAGGGAGAUCACAACCCCUCUCUCCAUGAGCCUUGGCAUGCUGCAACCACUGGCUUAGAUGAGGCUCUUAUAAGGUCCAUCACAGUAUGCAAGUACAAAAGGGGAGAUGGUUUGAUUGACGGGACAGAUUGCUCAGUUUGUCUCAGCGAGUUUCAAGAAGAUGAGAGCAUAAGGCUUUUGCCGAAGUGCAGCCAUGCUUUCCAUGUUCCUUGCAUUGAUACAUGGCUCCGCUCUCACUCGAAUUGCCCAUUGUGUCGUGCCAACAUUGUUUUCUUCAGUGCUUCCCCGCCUCAAUUGCCUCCUCCAGUGGCUGAAACUCCUCAAGGCAAUGAAUCUUGGCAAAAUAGCCAACGAUCCAACGACAAUGUGGCAGCUACACCAGGCACGGAAAGGGUUGCUAGAGAUGAGCAAGUGGUGCAGAAUCCUGCUGGGGAUCCAAAGACUCCGUGGCGCGUAUUUAGUGAUUUGGGAAACUUGGAAGAGAGAGAUACCAUAAUUGAGAUGCGAGAUAUUGAUGGGUAUCAACGCAUUAGGAGAUCAGUUUCAAUGGAUCAUCCAUGUCAAAGCCAUGCUUCUGUCGCUGAUAUUUUACGCAUGAAUCAGGAUGGAGUUGUUCGAGUAGAAGACUGUUCAGGAGAUGUUGGAUCAUCAAAACAUUCAGCAGAAGACAGCAAAUUCACGUCUAGCAACAGAAGAAGAGUCUUGCAUUGUGUGCUUAAUCCCGUUACCAUGAAGAGAUCAUUUUCAAGCGGAAGAUUCUUUCCCACCGGCCAUGGAAGAGUACGUGACGCCACUAGUCCUGUUUAAACGGAGAAACUCCGAUUAUUAUUUUUUUUAGAGAGGAAAUUGUUAGUAGAAUGAUGAAGAAAUACAAGAAUUAUCGACGGUCAUAUUUUCCAUUAAUCAAUUUUAUGAUAAAGUUAUGUAAGUGUGAGAAUUGUGUUCCUCUAUAUAUAAAAUUGAUGAGGGAUAUCAAUGUUUCUUGCAAA